UCACCUCACUCGGUUGACUUCCGCCGUAGAAGAAGACAACGAACCCUACUUUGAAAUGUUGCUGUCACAGACUGGUUUCAUACUGAAGAAGUGAAGUUUCCGCCAUUAAAAGUUUUUUAAGCUCGACAACCAUAAAAUAGCCACUUAACAGCUGUCGUUGUGUCCUGUUCAACUUAUUGAUUAGAGGCUGAGUGUGUAAAGUUAAAGUCAGCUGUUAUCUCACGCUGUUUGUGGAUGGCUGUAGCUAGCUGUCACUAGCUAACCGUGAUGUCCUCGUCGCGGACGGAGCGCCAGGGACAGGUGGGAGACCUGAGACACCAGAGCCGAGAAGAGCUCCAAGAACUGCUGCUGAGACAGGAGAAGAUACUCUCCAACAGGAGGUUGGUGCAGACUCUUCCUGAUAAAGGGAAAAAGAUUAAAGAGUUCGCAGAGAAAGUGCGUCUUGCCAUCGAACAUCAUGAUGAAGAGGAGAGGAGACAGAGCUUGGUGUCUGCUGCCAGGACAGAAUUACAGUCAAAGUACCAGCAGGCUUUCACUAUGCAACAACGUGCCGUUCCUGCUCCAGAGGUUAAGACCUCACCUGCCUCAGCUGAUGGGCAGCAAAACAACAAAACCGUGGAUGAGCAAAGUGAACAGUUUUUCUUCAGAGCAGCUGCUGGUGAAACCAUGGAGACGUCUGCUGCUGGGGUCUCUUUGAACUCUGAUGAGACAAAAGAGGGUGACCUUGUGGAGGCCUUGGGAAGGGUCAGACUGUCUGAAACUAGUUCUGGCUUCAGUAGUGAGUCCAAAGAGCCAUUAAACAGCACAGCAAGAGACAAUUACUUUUUCAAAGAGCAGAUACCAAAAAAGCCGAACUAUGUAACUGUCCUGGAAAAAACAGAGAGGACUUCACCUUUGAGGAAGCAGAAAUUCAAACCGAAUCAGCUGCCACACAGAAGCGACAUCUUGCCCUCAGGAUCCUCGUCACCUAGCCAGUCCUCUGAAGGCUCAUCGCCGAUCUCUGCACAGGCCAGGAGAGAGCGGGACAGAAAACACUUGGAUGACAUCACUGCAGCCAGACUCCCUCCUCUUCAUCACAACCCUGCCCAGCUUCUGUCUCUAGAAGAGUCAGCCGUCCUUGUAAAGGAACAAACCAAGAAGCAGCAGGAGUUGCAGGCCAAGCUGGCAGCCCAGAAACUGUCUGAGGGAUUGAAGAUCUCUAUGGGGAGCUACACUCCUGACGGUGGCCCCAUGGCUGCCUACAGAGAGGUUCACGAUGAAGGAGCCCAGCUCUCCUCAGAGGAGGACUGAUCCUGGAAGGCCAGAGCUGGGGAAACCAGUGUGACCUUGGCCCUGAGGGAAACAGGCUUUGGACCUCGCAAUCAGGACCCAUCAAACAGGAUUUUCACUCCAGGGACAAGAAUUCUUAAGAGAGGAAAAGAGUCUUUGCAUAGCUCAGCUCAGGAAACUGAAUGGCAGGUUGAGAAACUUAAUUGUCAUUCAGUUCGUAUUGGAUUCAGUUGUUUCAGUGCAGGAAUAAUAAUACCUGCUGUUGAAUAGGCGUUUGAAAUGCUACAUUUUAAGCAUGUUUCAUGAGAUGAGGGCCUGAGAGUAUUGUCUGAACUUUGUAUUUUAGUGUGAUAAUAAUUACAUGCACUGAAAGCUCAUCAGCAGAUGGAGCAGACUGUUCUGGCAAAAAUGGUGACUGUUUACAGUUUUGUCUAGACAAUAACCCCAAUCGUGCAGAUAUUUGUCAGAUUUUAUCAUACCGGAAUUGAAUAAAUAUCUGAUCUUCCAAAUGGUUGGUCUUUGUGUAAAGUGUAAUAUCACAUCUUCCAGAAGUGAACGUCUCUGUCUACAUGACGGGCUAUAAAGAUGACAGUUGCUAA